CACGUAAUGGAACUGUCUUCUACUUGGUUCAUUAGUUCAUAGCUUACGAAAUUCUAUAUGCAUUUUUCGCAGUGUAUGAUUAUGAGUCAAAAAUGUUUUACCUCAGUGUAAAAUUGAACCCACAACAAACUUUGACUUCGGCUCGCACACAUUCUAAUUUCGUAUAUGAAUAGAUCUGCGCACUCUGCAUCGGUGUGAGUAACAGAGACGUCAAAUUGCUCAAUUAACAAAAUAGUAUUUGACGACAGUAGAAUCAAAUUUUAGUCAAACUAUCAAAUUUUAAAUUUGAUGUAGAGACAGAAUUACUGGAUAGGUUUGAGUUCCUUGAACCAAAAAGUAAGUUAGUCCUUAGUCAACGGCAACAAGCAGUGACUGCUUGAUUGGAAAUCGAUAUGGAAUCUUUGGAUUUGCUCACUUGUCGAUUAUGCUUGUCGGUUCCGAUGGAAAACGUACUAACUUUUUCUGUUUUUGAUACAUUCAAAAGCAAAAUUCUUCGGGAUAUAAUAAAUUAUUUGUUCAGCAUCAAGAUAACAAAAGAUGACCAUUUAUUAACCGUUUGUAUGGAAUGCAUUAGUUGUAUCAACACUGUGCAGAAAAUACAUCAAAAAUUCACAGAAAGCAAUGAGAAAUUCAAACAACUAUUGGCAAGCUUUGCAGAAGAUUCCCGUGAAGUAGAACUACUUAUUAUUGAAGAUAUUGAUCAAGUACUACAAAAUACUUCUCCAAAGGCAUCAAACCUUGAAAUCGAGAUAUUGUCUAUUACGGCUGCAACCGAGGAUACGCUAAACGAAGACGUAGAAAAAAAUCUUAUUAAUGAGCAAUCGGAACUGGAAUCAAAUGAAAUUGAUACCGAAAAAGCCAUGAAGAAUGAAUCAUUAACAGAUGAGCUAACAGCAAAUAUAAUCUCGACGUCACACGAAAAUUCUAAAGCAGUAAGCAAUGUACGAGAUAAAAAGAUUAAGAACGAAGCAGUAGAUAUACGAAUUCAAUUGCACAAACACAAAUGCUACUUAUGUAAAACAUCUUUCGACAGUGAAAUUGCUUUCAUUGAACAUUUGCAUGUGCAUUUUGAGGAACUGCCGAUUACUUGUGAAAAAUGCAAUAACAUUGUACUCAAAUCUGUUCGACAGGCCAGUAAACAUUUAGCAUUGCAUGAUGAAAAUGAGCGACCGUACAAAUGCCGUAUUUGUGAGCUCAGGUUUUUUACAAGAGAAAAUAGUCUGACGCACGAGCGUAAAAUACACCGAAUGAAAGUGAGAAUUCAACAGAAUAUAGAUGGCUAUGCCGAUAAAAGGAAAAUAAAGAAGUAUCAAUGUAGUUACUGUGGCCAACUGUCCCCUACUAGUGAUUGUUUGCGGAAACACGAACUUUUACAUGGUUCUUCCAGACAGUUACAUACAUGUACAGUCUGUUCGAGACAGUUUACUGCUCGAAAGAAUUUAACACGACACAUGAUGAUCCACACUGGAGAACUUCCCUAUAAGUGUGACUUUUGUGAUCGUGCCUUUCGACAGGCUGGUGAUCUAAAAGAUCACGUUCGAGGACAUACUAAAGAAAAUCCUUAUAUAUGUACUGUAUGUGGCGCUUGUUUCCGCAACGGAAAAAUAUUACUAGUUCAUAAAAAGAAGCAUCAUCCCAAAUGGGUCACGUGAUAAGAAAACAAUUUACGUUUUAUUCAAUUUAUAGAAAGCACUCCAAAAUAAUGUGAAUAUUUCGGAUACGAUUCAUCUAUAUGAUUUAUUUUCAGUAUUGUUUUAUUA